AUGGUCAACCCACCUAGCAUUCCAGGCUACCACAUCAAGUGGUCUGACGCCUUCGCUGGAAACUCGGGUAUGCUCCCAGACGAGAGCAAGUGGGAAAUCAUCGAUCGUUACCUCAAUGUGAACAACGAACAAGAGACGUACAAGAAAAACUCGAAGAACAUCCAGCGCAGCGGUGGGGGUACUCUACAGCUCGUGCCAUGGAAAGAUGGGAGCGCUCCUCACGGCUGGAGCUCGGGACGGAUCGAGUCGCACUACACGUUUACGCCUGUUGCGGGCGGCAAGACGUUGGCCGAGGCCAAGAUCCGAUUUGGCUCCGCCGCCAUCGCCAAUAAACAGGGCAUUUGGCCCGCCUUCUGGAUUUUAGGCGACAAGUUGCGCCACGGAGGCAGUUGGCCCGCAUGUGGCGAGCUAGACAUCCUAGAGACGGUCAACGGAAAGCUGACCGGCUACGGUACUGUACAUGGAGGUACGUAUCCAGGUGGCAUUUUCAAUGAGCCGAACGGUAUCCAAGGCCACAUCGAAAUCCCUAACCAAGGCUGGCAUGUUUGGCGAAUGGUCUGGGACCGCAGCCACGGUUCGUGGCGAGACGAGACCAUCACAUGGUUUAUGGACGGGAAGCAGUUCCACCAGAUCAGUGGUUCCCGCAUCAACGAUGAGCAGGCUUGGGGCGUCUUGUGUCACUCGCCUCUUUACUUCAUCCUCAACGUGGCCGUUGGCGGAGGUUGGCCUGGCAACCCCAACGAUCAAACUAAGCAGGGUUACGAGAGUAUGAUGGAGGUCGAAUACGUGGCUCACCAUACUACCAAGUAA